AUGACGACUCCCGAACAAUCCGUUGAGGCCAGUAGGGCAACAACGCCCACUCCGGCGCCGUCACCUGUUCCGCCGCCUGUCCCCGUCGAGACUCAUCCCAACCGAGGGGCGUUCAAACAGCCAAAGCAGCCCACACCAGAAAGCGGUCACCUUGCCCCAGAAGAUGCCUACAAGACAUUCUCCCCGCCACGCCUCAAGCCACUCACCGAGAUCAAUGGCUCGGCGGCGGCGGCGGCGGCAGCGGCAGCCCUUCGUCCCGCUGUAGCGUCCCUUCGUGCGCCACCGGCAAUUCCGCCUGUCGCUGCGCGUUUAGCUGAAGAAAGACGGAGAAGUGCCAGCAGGAGGAGGAAACAACCGCGAGUAUGGAAAAAGUUGCUCUGGGUGAAGCAACACGGCUUUCCCGACAACUAUACCGACACCGAGACUUUCCUCGAUCACCUCCAACGGAAUCCACGCCUACGCCCUUACGACUUCUGGCCGUUGGUAGCGGAUUCGACCGUUAUCGUCCAACACGUCUGCUCCGUCACCAUCUUUGUCUGCGCAUACGCUGGUAUCUACCAGGAUCGACUAUCUCCUACGACCGUUGUCACAUGGGGCACUGUGGUUACACUCGCUGGCUGGGUCCUCUGGGAUAGAUGGCUGGGCCAGGAUGAAGCUUAUCGAGGCCCUGUCACUUCGAAAGCUCCUACCGACGUUGAUGAAGUAUCAAGUACAAGCUCUGGAGGUUACGCUGGGCCAACACUGGGAAAUGGUCAUAUCAACGGACAUGUGAAUGGAGAACUGCGUGGCAAGGGAUUGGGCCUGAGUCUCUCGACCUCGGACCUAGCAGCCAAGAAUGAGGAACUUCAACCGAAUGGACAUGGGCAAUCGCUCUCCAAAUCUUCAAUGCAGUCAAUGUCACCAAUCGAAGGGCUGCAAUUUUCAUCACUUCAAGCACGCUCACCGACCCUGCCAUCGCCCAUUGUAUCACGAUCUCCCACUACCCUUACAACCAUCUCAGCACGUAACCAAGCGCGUUUGAAGACCUUCAAGUCCGCCCUGCUGAUCUAUUUCGCCCUUCUCGGCCUAUCACCUAUUCUCAAGUCGCUCACGAAAUCCACAUCCUCCGAUUCUAUCUGGGCGUUAGCUACUUGGCUUCUCAUAAUCAACAUCUUCUUCUUCGACUACCGGAGUCUCACACCAUCGACUCUGUCUGGAGCUUCAACGCGCUCUACGACAAGACCCAUGCCCUCGACUCCGGCAACCUCCCAUUCUCAGGCCCCGCCAUUUCCCUCCUCCCUUUCUACCAAUGCUGCCUUGAUGGCAUCCACCGUUCUCGCCUCCCGCCUCCCAUCCACGAGCUCCGUCUUCAGCCUCACGCUCUUCAGCAUUCAAGUCUUCGGCCUCUUUCCCGUCUUUCGCCGUCACUUGCGCAGCGUCUCUUUGCCUCUGCACGUCCUUCUCACUACCGCUCUGAUCCUUUUGUCCACCUCCUCCCUCAACCUGAUCCUCUCACAAUCCUACACUCACACCUAUGGAGACUGUGGGUACUGCCUUUCCUGGCUAUGGCACGUCGUCUUCCGGGGUUUUACGGGAAUUGUUGUCUUCGGCGGCAGCACUGUCUUCAUGAUGGGCGCCUGUAGCUGGUGGUUGAUAGGUUUGCAGCGUUAUAAGAACGUGGUGAUUGGACCGUGGGAUACCGCGAAGCCGGUUCUGGCCAGCGGGGUCCAUGGGCGGAGAGGUACGGUCACAGAAUGA